UCAUGGCCGCCUCCAUGGCUCGAGGCGGCGUGAAUGCCGGGUUCCUGCUCCGGGCGGCCCGAGGCUCCUGGUGGAGUUGGUCCGGGGGCACGGCGGCCCCGGAGGCGGCCCGGAAGCUGGGGAGCGCGGGGGCCUGCGAAGCCUCCCUGGCCUGUUCCACCUGCCACGUGUACGUGAGCGCGGCCCACCUGGACCUUCUGCCUCCCCCCGAGGAGAGGGAGGACGACAUGCUGGACAUGGCGCCCCUGCUCCAGGAGAACUCCCGUCUGGGCUGCCAGAUCGUGCUGACCCGCGAGCUGGACGGGGCGGAGUUCACGCUGCCCAGGAUCACCCGCAACUUCUACGUGGACGGCCACGUGCCCAAACCCCACUGACAUGGGGGGGG